AGCUUCGUCGUCAAGGGCCUCGACGCGGAGGACCUGGUCAUCCUCUCCGGUGCACACACCAUCGGGCGCUCCCACUGCUCCGCCUUCGUCCCUGACCGCCUCAACGUCUCCUCCGACAUCGACGGCGGCCUCGCCGCAUUCCUGCGUGGCCAGUGCCCCGCCGACGCCACCCCGGGCGGCAACGACCCCACGGUGAUGCAGGACGUAGUGACCCCAAACGAUCUGGACAGGCAGUACUACAAGAACGUGUUGUCCCACACGGUGCUCUUCACCUCCGACGCAGCGCUCCUGACAUCGGAGGAGACGGCGAAGAUGGUGGUGGACAACGCCAACAUCCCCGGAUGGUGGGAGGACAGGUUUGAGAAAGCCAUGGUGAAGAUGGCCGGCAUCGAGGUCAAGACCGGCGACGAGGGACAGAUCAGGAAGAAUUGCCGGGCCAUCAACUACUACUAAGUGCACGAAUGUUCGUCUACGUGCAUGCAUGGCGAUUCUUUCACUGCGCGUUAUGCAAACACUGUUGUCUUUUCUUUUGUUAUUCCUUUGUUCGAUUCUCGCCAACAUCAUGUAAGUGCGCUGUCAGCCAAUGUUCUUUGUAUUUGGGAUAAUAAAGUGAUGCAUGCAA